AUGGCGGUGAAUGUAAACAGUAUUGUGGAUAAAUUUCGCAACCAACUUAGCAAAGACGCAGAGGCCCACUUAAGUCAAGUUUUACCACAGCGUCUUCAAUCCGUAAUUGAAGUUCUUAAGUCCCCUAUUUUCGAUAUUGCCGCAAAUUUGGAAAAAGUGAAAAAACUGUCACUUGGUUCGAUUUCAAGCGACUCGAUGGCAAAUAAUGCUGAAAUUCCGCGUUCAUCGAAAGAAAUAACAUCGAAUCCCACAGUUACUGACGCUUACAACACAAUCAAGCCAUUCCUUCUUCAAUUAAACGACGAUGCCCAACUUCUACGAAUGUGGGUCACACUGAACAUUCCAAAAAUCGAAGAUGGAAAUAACUUUGGAGUCUCCGUUCAAGAAGAAGUCAUUCUUGAUGCUUCAAAAACGGAAUCAGAUGUAGUAACUAACUUGGAUUUUUACUCUGAUUACUUAUUGACUAGAGGGAAAAUCAGUAGUAAGAUCAUUAAAUGGCCAGGAGUUAGGUCAUACACGGAUGCACUAAUUGAAUUGGAUGAAAUGGCCUACGUGAGGAUGAAAAUGACCCUACAAGAUAUAAGAAACGACUAUGCCAGGCUGUAUGACCUUUAUACAAAAAAUAUUGACAAGAUUUUAAAUCCUCGUUCGUCAACUGGGCUAGAAGCGCUCAAUUCAAUGUAUUGA